AGCUGGUUCAGGAUAUCUGUGCAACAAUCCAGGAUUCGCUUCCCUCUCCCGGAUCAUUACUAAUUCGAGGUGAUUUAUUCCGCCAAAAAGCGCCAACUUUUCUUGGGGCCGGACACAGGGGCGAAAAUGAGCAGGAAAGGCUGUAACCUCGAACUGUUCCUGAUGCUGCUUGGAUUGGAGUUCCAUAUUUCAGUCUCUUGCCCCAGACACUGUGUUUGUUACCCUUCUCCAAUGACUGUCACAUGCCAGUCGCAUGGAUUCACCUCCAUCCCGGAAGGAAUUCCUACCAACAGCGAAAGAAUAUUCCUUCAAAAUAACAGGAUAACUCUUCUGUUGAGGAACACAUUCAGCCCGUCUACAGUCACCCUUUGGUUGUACUCCAACAAUAUCACGUUCAUUGACCCAGAGGCCUUCCGUGGAUUCAACCUCCUUGAAGAGCUUGACCUUGGGGACAAUCGGCAUCUGAGGUUCCUGGAUGCAGAGACCUUUAAUGGUUUGGAGAAACUUCAUGCUUUGCACCUCUAUCGUUGUGGAUUGACCUUUCUGCCCAAUGGAAUCUUUGAAGGCCUUCACAACUUGCAAUAUCUGUACCUACAGGAUAAUCACAUAGAGUAUCUUCAGGAUGAUCUGUUCCUGGAGCUGGUCAACCUUACGCAACUCUUCUUGCAUGGGAAUAAGUUAUUGAGUUUGUCCCAAAACACCUUCAGAGGGCUGGUCAACCUUGAUCGCCUUUUGCUGCAUCAGAAUCGUCUUCAUUGGGUUAACAAACGAGCUUUCCAUGAUCUUCGGAGGCUGGCCACUUUAUAUUUGUUCAAUAACAGCCUGAGCUCGCUUCCUGGGGAAUGCCUGGCAGAGCUUGGAUCACUGCAGUAUCUCAGGCUGAAUGGAAAUCCUUGGGAAUGUACCUGUAAAGCUCGAUCUUUGUUAGAAUGGCUCCAGAGGUUCAGAGGAUCAAGCAGCAGUGUCAUCUGUGAAUCCCCCAGGGAUCUACAAGGGAUCGACUUAAAGGUCCUCUCCUCCCGCCUCUUCAAGAACUGCACAGGGUCGGAGUCACUCAACCAGAUCCGAACUAGGCAGCACCCCCAUCACGGGGUCAAGAACGGACUGGAGCCUGGGCACUCGUCGCGGGGCUUGGCACCGGGGUCGGAACACACGCUGCCCGGCAAGAACGGCACAAGCCAGCGUGACGACGCGGACAAAACCUACCUGGGGGAGGGUGCCCCAAAGAAAUCACCGGACGGGGUACCUGAUGGGAUGUGGGGCAGCGAUUACCUGCCUGACGCUGGGCAGAAACCUCAGACCAUCCGCCCGUUCCCACCCAGGCGCAGGCCACGGGUUAAGUGCACCCGCCGCACGCAUUUGGAGCCCCCACCCGGAAUCCAGCAGCCCGCUGGAGGGGGAAACAGCCCCUGCCCUAGGGCUGGAUGGCUCACCCUCCUGGCGGCCCUGGUCCUCAUCAUCCGUUGAGCCCGCUACACCCAGUAAUGAAAAGGGCAAAAACAUUCUAACACUGCCGUCAAUCCAGUAGGGACCAAAAAAAAUUUAAAAAAAAACAACAAAAAAAAAUCAAUUUUUAAAAUUUACAAGCGAUUAAUACUGUUACUUUGUGCUAAGGCAGACCACGGAUUUAUUGGAUGGCAUUCUGUUUUGGACCAUUGGAAUAUAAUUGGAAAUCGUUGGAAUAAUACGCCCAAUGGAAAUGAAUCGGCAACACGGGAUGACGUGGAUAAGGGUUCCCGCACGACCUACAGGCAGCAGGAAUUACAUCGGAGAGAGCACUCGGAAAUAAUAUUUUAACAAAAAAUUCCCGGAGUCAAUUUGACAUACCUGCUGCUAACUGUGUCCUCGGGAACAACCCUAAAACUCUUGAUCGCACCAUUGUUUCAUAGAGGAAUUCCUCUAUCUGGUGAGGACGAGUGAUGGUUAACAAAGCAAUGGUGGUUCUAGACGUUUUCUGCGUCGACACAGGCAUAUUCCUCAAACCCUAAAACAAAGCUGGCCUCACCCACCUUUUAAUGAGGUUUCAUUGUGAUCGGACCCCAGCUGAAUAAUAUGCAUUGCAUAAUCGCAAAGGAUGAACAUGGCAUAAAACUCAGAGCUUAAUUCAUCCAAGUACCAAAAACUGGAGGCCAGAUAAUUGUAUGAAAAGAUUCGUAAUGGAAUAAUUCUUUUUAUGUGUCUACCUAUCAUUUGGACAAUACACAGCCCUUAUAUAAUUGACGUAUAUUAAUUUCUGGAAGUAUAUGUUUACAGAUUAUAUUGCUACCCUAGUACAGCUUACACUAAGGUGUUUGUUUUUCUGUCUCGAGGAGAUGGAGGAUGCUUUAUACAUAAGCCAUGGAUCCAGAUAGGAUGGACGCAGGAGUCUGUGCUGUUCUGGUUUAACUCGUUGGCUUUUGCUUUGUCUCCCUCUAAAUUUGGAUGGUGGUUGCCCAGAGUUGAAUGGAUAUAAGACGCUACCCUUUGGUGUUGAGGAUGUGGCUCCAUUUGACAAGGAAGCUAAAUCCUUUCCAUUUAUUUUUUUUCUGUACUAAAUAUUAAGAUUUGUUGUACCUGAAUU